CCGCCCCCCGGGCCGCCGCGGACCAAUCAGCUGCAGCCUGAUGGUGAGGUCAUGGUGGGGGGUGUGGAGGGGUCAUUCCUGGGGGUCCAGUGGAGUGACGCGGAGAUCCCUAACCCUGCGGGUCAGUCCGAAACGAGUCCAUUCUGUCCGAACCGAACCGCUGCCCCGCACUCGGAGUCUCUUCCUCCGGACCGAGCCGAACUUUUCCCGGACCUUCCCCACGGACCGAACCCAGCUGUCGGACUCUGAUCCUGGCUCUGCCCCCGCCGCCGCGCUUCUCCUCCUCCUCGGUUCCGACCCGGUCCGAGCCCGUGUGACAGCCGCGCAGCAUGAUGAAGAACAGCGGCUUCCUGGAGCCGCAGCAGCUCUUCUUCCUCAGCCCCGCAGAGCCCGCAGAGGAGGAGGAGGAGAUGCCGGCCACCGAGAAGGACCUGGCGGAGGACGCGCCGUGGAAGAAGAUCCAGCAGAACACCUUCACCAGGUGGUGCAACGAGCACCUGAAGGGGCUCAACAGGCGGAUCGCGGACCUGCAGAGGGACCUGAGCGACGGGCUGAAGCUCAUCGGGCUGCUGGAGGUGCUGAGCCAGAAGAAGAUGUACCGGAAGUACCACCUGCGACCCAACUUUCGGCAGAUGAAGCUGGAGAACGUGUCCGUGGCGCUGGAGUUCCUGGAGCGGGAGCACAUCAAGCUGGUGUCCAUUGACUCCAAAGCCAUCGUGGAUGGGAACCUGAAGCUGAUCCUGGGUCUGAUCUGGACGCUCAUCCUGCACUACUCCAUCUCCAUGCCGACCUGGGAGGACGAGGACGAUGAGGAUGCCAGGAAGCUGACGCCCAAGCAGCGGCUGCUGGGCUGGAUCCAGAACAAGGUGCCCCAGCUGCCCAUCACCAACUUCCACCGGGACUGGAGGGACGGCAAGGCACUGGGAGCACUGGUGGACAACUGUGCUCCUGGUCUGUGUCCAGACUGGGAGAGCUGGGAUCCCAGUCAGCCGGUGGAAAAUGCUAGGGAGGCCAUGCAGCAGGCCGACGACUGGUUGGGAGUCCCACAGGUGAUAGCUCCAGAGGAGAUCGUUGACCCCAAUGUGGACGAGCACUCCGUCAUGACCUACCUGUCCCAGUUCCCCAAGGCCAAGCUGAAGCCUGGCGCGCCGCUCAGGGCCAAGACGCUUCACCCCAAGAGGGCCAAAGCUUACGGUCCAGGUAUCGAGGCUCGAGGAAACACGGUCCUGAAAACAGCAGAGUUCCUGGUGGAGACGGUGGAGGCCGGCAUGGGGGAAGUCCUGGUGUACGUGGAGGAUCCGGAGGGACACACCGAGGAGGCUCGAGUGAUUCCCAACAACGACAAGAACCGGACCUACUCUGUGGUGUACCUGCCCAAGGUGGAGGGUCUUCAUAAGGUCAAGGUGCUGUUUGCCGGCCAGGACAUAGACAGAAGCCCCUUCCUGGUGAACAUCUCCAGGGCCAUGGGCGAUGCCACCAGGGUCCAGGCCCGCGGGCCCGGACUGCAGCCGAUGGGGAACGUGGCCAACAAACCCACGUACUUCGACAUUUACACCGCAGGGGCGGGAGCCGGGGAUGUAGGCGUCAUCAUUGUGGACUCCAACAGCCGGAGGGACACAGUGGAGAUUGUGCUGGAGAACAGAGGUGACAGUGUAUUCCGCUGCACCUAUGUCCCCGUCCUGGAGGGCCCUCACACCGUCUGUGUGACCUUUGCUGGGCAGCAGAUUCCCAGGAGUCCUUUCACUGUCAGCAUCUCUGAAGGUUUGUUCCAGAAUCCCCUGUUCAUAAACAUUCAUGUUUACACCCUGUUCAUCCUUUCCUGACCAUAACCUCACUUUCCACGGUGUGUGUUUGGACUGGGCUCUUUGGGAUCUGAAGAUAAGAACCAGGAGUCUGGAUCCGGUUCUGGUUCCUCAGAAUCAGACUCUGCUGGGUAGAGAUGUUCUGUCUCCAGUUCUGGUCUGGUUCCAGGGGCGUAGCUGCUGGGAAUUCCCAGAGCUUGAGGAAUUGAUCAGAACUGAUUCCGGUGUCGACCCGCUUUACCUAGACAGAGUUCUGUUAGUUUGGGUCGGCACAGACAUCUUGAUUUUGAUGAGCUGACCUGCAUUCCUGGUUUUGGUGUCUGAGAUUGUGGACUGGGAACGUCCGAAGCUUUUUUUCCUAGUUUGGGAGUUUAGUCUGAACCAGACAUGUUGCUUCAGUUGGACCUCGAUUUAAAGCUGGAAUCGGGUUGUUCUUUCUGGUCCUCGAUCCUGAUCCGGAUCUCAUGACUGCAGGUGAAGGCUGAGUAAACCAGAUUAUUUCUUCUCAGCUCAACUCUUUAUCUCCACUACAGAGCAGAACGUGGCUCUGUUCUGGGAACAAGCCCUCCUCCGACCCACCAUCGUUUCAUCUGGAGACUUUCUUUAUCUUAGUCAAAUAUGGAACUUGGUUUCUGUCCUGACCUGUGGCUGUCUGUCUGGAUAAAGGUUUGCCUCGUAGUUUAGAAGUCAACUCCUCCUGACUGCUGUGGUUGUAUUUAAAUGUUUUUCCUGGACUUGUUCUCGGCUUGUUGGAAUCUGUUAGACAUCGACUGAAACGACCAGAAGACAGAACAUGUUGACUCAAAGCGACUCAAAUCCGACCUCUUCACAGAAAAAAGAACGACCUGGUUUUAUCUGUUCCUCUUCUAAAUGUCAAGCGAUCAUUUCCAAAGCGUCGCCCUUCAUCAGACGUUUCAGAACUCAGCAGCAGAAGGAGACGGACGAUAAAUCUAAACAACUUCUGAAAAUGAUAACAAUGAAGUGAUGGAAGCAGUCUGAGUCAGUGAACGCAUCACAUCACAACACACUACUCCUGGUCCAAUAUCCCAACAGAACCGGGUCAGAAGCUGCAGUCAGUGCUCCACUAAAAGCCGUUGCUGUCACCGGGCGGCCAUCUUUACUGCUGCUGGUCGGGGACAUAGACACAAUAUAAGAGUAGACCCCGCAUUGGCUGCUCCGGCGCAGGAAAUACGGCGGCCAUCUUGGAGCGGUCGUCCCUCCUACUUUGCUCAACCAAAACAGCAGAAGAUGCCUCAGCACUGAGGGAUAUUGUUGUUCGGAUCUAUGGAUUAUUGAUGCGAGGGCUUGACAGACAACAUUUCACAAGUAAGAUGGACAUAUUAUUGUGUAUAUAUUGCGAUUAGAAUAUUACGUUACUGUAUUUAGGUCCACCGGCGAGAUACC